GUUAUACAGUGUGGAUUUCUUCUUGGUGGUAUUUUAUUCGGAAUUAUAGCCGAUAAACAUGGUAGAAAAACUCCACUCAUGGUUACUAUAGUAAUACAAGCAUUGAUGAGCUACGCUGCAAGUUUUGUGCCUUCUUACUGGAUGUUCCUCGUUUGCAAAUUUAUUGUGGCACUAGCUUCUGGGGGUGUAGGGAUUAUAGCGUUUGUCUUAGUAAUCGAAGUUGUAGGUGGUAAAUGGCGCACAAUAAUUCCCGUCAUCUAUCAGUUGCCGUUCGGACUGGGUAAUCCCGUGAUGACAGUACUGGCAUAUUGGCUCAGAGAAUGGAGAAAGCUACAGAUUGCAUUGUCGACAUUAUCUGCAUUAUUCAUAUUGUAUUGGUUUUGGAUAUCUGAAUCGCCGAGGUGGUUACUGGCGACAGGAAAUACAGAGGAAGCUUACGACGUACUGGAAAAAGCAGCCCGUAUAAAUGGAAGACCGUUCAACAAGAGCAAAGUCAAGACAAUGUUAGACAAUGUUAAGGGACGUCCAGAUGGCGUUCCAGGUUUCAUAGAUUUCCUUAAACUGAAGAACAUGAGAAUGAGAACUAUGAUCCUGUCAAUUCUUUGGUAUUGAAUUUUGUUUGAUUACUUGUUUUACUGAAGCG